CCUCUAAACCCUCCAUUGUGGAGCCUUUGUUGCGUCAGCCUCGCGAUACUACAGAGGGCUGCCCUUGUCGUAUAUAUUGGUGUGUCCAACUUUUUGACUGUCACACUUUCUCACUUGUGGCUCGGGUUGGACAGCAUCCAGGGGGAAAUGUCGCAGUACUCGGGAAAGAUCAUAUUUUAUGAGGGGAGCUGCUUCACAGGGUGGAAGCUGGAAGUAUGCGGCGACUGCGAUAACUUCCAGGACCGGGGUUUCAUGAAUCGGGUCAACUCCAUCCGCGUGGAGAGCGGGGCCUGGAUCUGCUACGACCACCCUGACUUCAAGGGCCAGCAGUACAUCCUGGAACGUGGCGAGUACCCAGAGUUCCAGCGCUGGAAUGCCCACAAUGACCACAUGGGCUCUUGCAGGCCCAUUAGGAUGCAUGGUGAGCACUACAGAAUUGAGCUGUUCGAGGGCUGCGACUUCUCCGGACAGUGCAUGGAGCUGUGCGAUGACUGUCCCUUCCUGCAGAGCCGGGGCUUCACCAAGACCUGCGUCAAUUCCGUCAGAGUCUAUGGUGACGGCGCCUGGGUAAUGUACGAGGAGCCCAACUUCCGCGGCCGCAUGUACAUUGUGGAGAGAGGAAACUACUGCAGUCACACCGAGUGGCAGGCCGAGAACCCCAGCAUCCAGUCCAUCCGCCGGGUGGUCAACUACUUUUAAACUCAUCCACCUGGAAUGGACUGCGCCCUUUACCUCUAUUCAGUGAAAAUGGGAAAUUAAAACAGCAAUAACAAACCAAUAUUUUAUCAAAUGCUGGUAUAUUUCAUAGUGUUGCACAUCUGACAGUUAAUCCUACUGAAGAAACUGCUUGCAAUUGAUACCAAAAUGCACGGCAUCUUUUUUAAGAUUUUUUUUGGGGGGGGGACUGUACUGCUAGAAAUGCACUAAUGGAUUAGGGAUGCUAAAAGUAAAAAGUGAUGUUUUUCAUUGAUUGACUUUUUAUUGAUUUG